GGAUUAAAUUAACGCAAUGACUCGCGGCGCCGGCGGGGUUAUUUUGCGAAAAUAUAUUUGCCUCCAAUCACAGCAAAUACGUGAAUUCGAUACGUCGAUAGCGUCCGAGUUAUCGAAUUCCAAUAAAUAAAAUACGAAUAGCUAAAUUUGCUAAUUAAUUAUGGUUGAUUUAUUGUUUCUCGACAGUAUUUAAAAUAUUAAUUUGUAUACAAAUAAGAAAAAAAGAGCAAUAAUGACAAUCGUCACAUCGAUGUGACCAAAUAAUUUUAUUUGUCGACUAGAUUGUGUCUUUGAAGAGGAAAAGUCGUGAUUCUCUGCUGACAAACAGCAACACGCGUAAAUGAGAACUACGUGCGUAUCGGAGUGCGGUAUGCAGUAUAAUGCAGCUGAUUUUUGCCCCCCUCCCCUCUUUUAAUUCGGCACUAUAUUCUUCGGCAGAGAGUAUCGCGGAUAAAUCCGUUGCCAUUCCAUCGGAUCGUGGUGUAGAAAGCGUAGUUCGCGCUAGGUGGUCCUGGUGGUGCGGUCGGUCGAUCAGGUGCAUCGAAAUCGGAUCGCUCCAAAAAUCGAUUAAUCAGAUAACUACCACUUGGCACGAUGUGGCUCGGCUCGCUUACGUUUUUGACCAUCGUCGUUUCGCUCAUCUCGGCGAAAACGUUAACGGUUGAUCUAUCAUUCCGCAAGUUAACGAAAGAAGAUUUCUUCGUGAAAAUACAGUCCCAGUAUAAUCUACAUGAAGUGACAGAUCUCAAUUUAAGAGGAAACCAGUUUGACAGUUUCCUGGACUGUUCUACUAAUUUAGAAAAUCUGAGAACGUUGGAUCUGUCUCAAAAUCAUCUUCAGCGAUUCUUUUUCCUCUGUAAAGAGGAAUAUAAUUUGCAAGUGUUAAAUGUGAGUCACAACAAAUUAGAGUACAUCGACGACAAUGCUUUCAACGACCGGAUACCGAAAUUGAAGAUAUUAGAUAUAUCCUUCAACAAACUCACGGUGGUCAAUGAAACGAUGUUGCAACAUUUCACGAUCCUCGAGUAUCUAUCUCUGUCUAAUAAUCCUAUAGAAGAUGGAAUACACGAGAACGCGUUUUGGAAUUUGAAGACGCUGAAGCAUCUCGAUUUGAAGAACAUAUCUGCACCGUAUUUCUCAUCCGACUUUUUCAAGACCUUGACUAACUUAUCAACCUUAGACCUAUCCUGGAACCCAAUCAGCACGAUACCCCUAUUGCCGAUAAGUUUGCAGGAGCUGGAUUUAUCCGGCACUCAAGUGAUAAAUUUCGCAAAUAUGUAUUUACCGCAACUGCGAGAAUUAAGGCUGAAUUACAUGUCGAAUUUAACGUCGCUGGCCCUAAACGAUCUCGAAAAACUGACGAACCUGGAAACGUUAUCAAUGAUCGGUUGCAAACGGCUGAUUCAACUAAGUCUUCAGCCGCAGGCAGGUGUUGUGCUGCCACGAUUGCAGCAUCUCUCGAUAAAAGAGAGCGGCCUUGAAACUCUGGGCACCGAACUGCGCGCCUUGAUGCAACGAACACCUACUAUCGAAUUGGAAAACAAUCUCUGGAAAUGCGAUUGCAAAUUGGAAUGGAUCGCUUUGCUAAACUCGACGAAAAUUCUCAGUCGAGAUAUCAGAUGCCUCGUACCGGAGCAACACCAUGGCAAACUCCUUGCUGAAAUACCGAGCUACGAAUUGCAAUGCGAAUACGACUCGUCGGUCUUGUACCUAGUCCUGUGGACGUGCCUCUCGAUAUUGAUUGUUUUCCUGAUCGCCGUCGCGGUUUUAUUCCUCCUGAAGCGACCGAUAGGCCAAUGGAGCUUUAAGGGAAGAAACAGGGACACCGUCACGUACAAGAACGUCGUGGAAUCGAACAAUGAUCUGGUCCGGAUAUUGGUAGCCGAGACGCACGAUCGCAACGGAGAAUAAGGCCAAAUUGAGAUAGAAAAAAGAAAAAAUCUCCGAUAAUAUCAGACAAAAAUUCGCCUAACAAUUAACAUUUUUAUCGAAUUCUUUUUCAAAUUUCACACAUAAUUUACUUCAUAAUACAUUAAGAUUUUUUUUACAGUACAGUUUUGUACAGCUUUGUUAUAACAAUUAUCUUGUAAUAAUAUUGUAGCAUAGCUGAUGAGUGCCAUAUAAGAAUAUACUCUAUUUUUCCACAUUCGUAAGAAAAUAUGUAACAAAAUGUAAAUAAGAAAAAGACAUCAAUAUGUAAAACAAUCUAAAAAUGAUUUCUUUGUGAUACUAAAAUCUUUGUAUUAUAUUAAGAUUUUUAAAAACUACAUAAUUAAUUUCAAUAAUUAAUUCUAGGGAUAUGCUGGUGGAUAACGAAUUGUUGCGCGUCCGUAUAUAUCAAAAAUGAAUUAUGAAAAGUCACUUAUGAUACGCCUCGUAAACUCGAAUGACCAAGUACCGCGGAUUCGAUAGUACUCAAAGUACUAGUUUCUAGUGUCCGAUAAUAAUGUGAAACCUCUGUGGUCGAAUAAAAACGUUUGUGUGCUUCUUUU